AUGGCGUCAAAUUUACUUACCCUUCAUACAGAGCUGAGGACAUGUCAGGCGUGUGGUGAACCAAUAUCGGAUCGUUACUUAUUGGAGGUCGGCGGGUGUACGUGGCACAGUUCGUGUUUGCGAUGCUGCGUUUGCCUCACACCUCUCGACAGACAGCCAUCGUGUUUUCUGCGGGAGAGACAAGUCUAUUGUAAAGCUGAUUAUGCAAAAAACUUCGGUGCCAAAUGUUCCAAAUGCUGUCGUGGCAUUUCCGCAUCCGAUUGGGUUCGAAGGGCCCGCGAUCUCGUUUUCCACCUUGCUUGCUUCGCCUGUGAUCAAUGCGGACGUCAAUUGUCGACGGGAGAGCAAUUCGCCCUGCUCGACGAUCGGGUGCUGUGUAAAGCGCAUUACAUGGAAACAAUUGACGGAGGCACAACCUCCAGUGAUGAUGGCUGUGAUGCUGAUGGUUAUCAUAAAAAUAAGGCAAAACGGGUGCGAACAACUUUCACGGAGGAGCAAUUGCAAGUCCUGCAAGCCAACUUCCAGCUGGAUAGCAACCCCGAUGGACAGGAUCUCGAACGAAUAGCUUCGGUAACGGGACUCAGCAAACGUGUCACACAAGUGUGGUUCCAAAAUUCCCGGGCACGACAGAAAAAACACAUUCAUGCCGUUCCUCGAGAAAACGAAGCUGCAAACUUUGGCAGACACAUCAAUCUUCAACUCACUUAUUCCUUUCAACAAAAUUCCAAUUCACACAAUCCACUGCACAUAGGUAAUAAUAACAACAACAACAACAAUAGUUCAAAAUUUACACCACACGAAUCCUCCUUGGACGAGUUGUCCGAAGACUCGACGAUGCAUUGCAUGCAGAACGAGGUGUGA